GCAAUGUUUGCUAGUUAGCAGCGGGUUAGCACGUUGGCCAGGGUUUCUUUCUGAAUAAUAAAGGAAUUAUCCCUGAAUGCAGCAUUAUUUAUAAGUUAAUGGUUUGUCGGGGGCACAGUUGGUCGAUAUACGGACAAUGUCGGAUAGAAAGCGAACAAGAGAGAAGGAGGACAGACGAGACCACAAGAGACACAAGACAUCAAAGCACGAUUUGGAUAAACUGAAAACACAAACGAAGAAACUCAACCAAGAAGUCCAAAAACUGAAACACGUCGAGACAUUCUAUGAGAAACCUCCACCGGGACUCAUAAAGGAGAAUGAAGAAAAACCAGAGGACUGUAUUCCUGCUGAACCAGGAAAUGAAGAAGCCAGGAGCUUCCUGGCACAGGCCCCCACCAAGGGGCUGUGGAUGCCUCUGGGGAAGGAGGUGAAGGUGAUGCAGUGCUGGAGAUGCAAGCGCUACGGUCACAGGACAGGAGACAGGGAGUGUCCUUUCUUCAUCAAAGGCAACCAGAAACUGGAACAAUUCAGAGUGGCUCAUGAAGACCCAAUGUACGACAUCAUUCGGGAAAACAAAAGGAAUGAAAAAGAAACCAGGAUCCAGCAGCUGCAGCAGCUGCUCCAGGACACCACCUCCUCCUCUUCCUCCUCUGAUACAGACAGCUCCUCCUCUUCUUCCUCCUCUGACCACCACCGCAGCAAGAAGCGGAAAAAGAGGAAGGACAAAAAGAAGAAAGACAAGAAGAAGAGAAAGAGGAAGCGAAAGCACAAGUCCUCCAAAACCAGUGACAGCUCAGACUCAGAUUGAGUGUUUUGGAACACGCCGAUAUGAUAUGUACUGAUAAAUUACGUGCGUUAAACGUAUGAAGAGACUGUGAAUGAAGUAGCAGCAAGAGUAGAUCUUACACAGUAGUGAAGUGUGCUCUGCAGAGUGCAUCAGUACGAACUGCACUCUGGAGACCUCCUUAAGCCUUUUCUCUGCAGGGGGAAACUCUAAAACUAGAUAUCAACUGCGCAUGACUUCUCCCAGCCGCCUUAUUUUGCUCAAGGGGGACGACUUGCAUUUACAUCUUCGCUGUUAAAUCAUAAAGCACAGGGUCAUAUGGAAUAGCAGCUUAAGUUAAGUGUGUGUGUACGUGUGCCCUGGUGCGUAUGUGUGUCAAAAAGCAUUAGCUGUGUGGGUAAUGAAUCUUAAAUGAUAUGAAUUGAGCCCGCUGGUGUAAGGGAUAAUGUUCUUUCAUGGGGUCUAAGAAGAUAGCAUGUCAGCAAAUAGCGUGUCAUUAAGAGAUUGUAUUUUCCACCAUAGUUUUUAUUUAUUAUUUUUUUAUCUCUGCCAUCUCACCGGUAUUAAAUACUUUGAUUGUAGAGUGUGUUAAACGCAGAGAGGUGGAAAAAAAGUCUAAAUUAAACAUUGCAGUACAUUUAGAAUUUGUUUUCCACACAAGCCAGAAUUUUUGAAUGCUUGCGACUGUACAUAAAUAUUUGGAAUGAUUUGAGGUUGGAAAAUGCUUAUUUGCUUUUUUUUUUUGCUUUUUUUUCUCAAAAAGCCACAGAGAUGGGGAAGGAAUGUAUGUGAAUUUCCUCCCUUAUUCUGAGAAUAAAGUUGACUCUUUUUCUCCAAUGUUUACCCAACUCUAGGCUGCAAAAACAAAGCUGUUUAUCAUUUUGAUUUAACGUGUGACACCAUUUUUCAUGUUGAUGACUCCACAAACAUAAGUCUCAUCAUUAAAAUGUACACGGCACAUUAA